UAGCGCUAGUACUGCUCCGCUCGUCGUAACUUGGAAGAGCGAAGCGCACGGGUAUGGCUGCCAUCAAGGCGCUACAGCUAUGGUGCAAAAUCCAGUGCGACGGAUACCGAGAUGUGGCCAUUGUUAACAUGACAACUUCUUUCAGAGAUGGAUUGGCGUUCUGCGCUCUUAUCCACAAAUUCAGACCGGAUCUCAUAAACUUCGAGUCCCUCAGUAAAGACAAUGUGUAUGACAACAACCACUUGGCAUUUUGUGUAGCUGAGGAACAUCUAGGAAUUCCUGCUCUCCUGGAUGCUGAAGACAUGGUGGCAUUGCCUAUCCCAGACAGACUUAGCAUCCUCACUUAUGUCUCACAGUACUACAACUACUUCAACAGUCGUUCCACCAUGGGUUUGGUCGGUGGCCUCAAACGGCCAGCAGAGGGCUCAAAAGAGGAGCCUUCAGAGAAGAAGAACCUCCCUGUUGCCAAAAUCUACAACCCCAAAGAGCUUGCCGAGAACCACACAUCACCAUUCACAGCCACAAAAACCGCCAGGGAGAACCGCCCGCCAUCACUUCUUCUUCAGAAAAGCUCAGAGAAGAAUGCUCCUGCCACCCUAAAGCAGCAGCCUCUCACUGAGAAACGACCCUCAGCUGCACGUGCCCAGAAAAACUCUCGCUCCCCCGGCAGAACCUCACCGAGCAGAACAACUGUUUUGGUAGAGAGCUCUAAUAAAACUGGCACACUGAACAGUAAAUGUGUAGUGUGUGGGAGUCAUGUUCACCUGGUCCAGAGACACCUAGUGGAUGGGAAACUGUAUCACAGGAGCUGUUUCAAGAGUUGUGAGUGUCCAGCUCCUGUGCAGUGUGGGGUGUCGAGGAUGGGACAGGAGCGGAACACCCUACUCAUCUCUUCGCACCGCCUUGCUCAUAUUGGCCCGACUAUGACUGAAGGGGGUCCGCAGACUGAUAGUGACCCAUCUCCACCAGACCACGUCUCUGUGCUGUGCAGCCCCGUUAGUGCGCCGCCCCGCCCUCUGGACCCUGCCCCUGCCCCACAGCCAUGGAUGGACUCAGCGCAGCGAACCCAGGAAGCCAGGCGAAAGUUCUUCCUGUCUGCUGACCCAGCCCCGCAACCCAGCACGCACCACCGCUCCGAGCCAUUGGCAGCAGGGAGUGCUAGUGCAUCUGGGUAUAAACUGGAGAAGGAGCGCGCCCAGGCCUCGAUCACCAAGAAAACGGAUGAAGGGAAUUGCAACAACAACAACAAGGCUUAUAGCUGUGGCCUUAGGGCACAAACCACGCUGGGAAGCGGGUGCUGCUCUACUGCAGUCCCAAACUGGAGGCAGGAGAGGCCGGCCUCCACCACAGCAGAAGGAGGCGCCAGCCGUUUCUGCCUCUCCCCCACCUCACCUAGCCCCAGGAGCAAGGAGUCCCUCCAAACAGACAAAGCCAUGGGGGGCUGUGGAGUCCUGGCUGACUGGCAGUUGAAGCUGAGAGCAUCUCCAAACACAGCAACACUGCAAUAUAUUGAGAAUAAUUGUGUAACGUCUGAGAUAAUCAACUCUUCUGAUGGCCAUGUGACUCAUCAGGCCCCACCCUCUGCAUCAGCCUUGAGUGCUACUCCUCUCACUCUCUGCUUCCCUCAUAAGCCUCUGGAUGCUGGUCGACCACCACAUGGCCCUGCUGCUUGGGGCUUUAAGAAUGAGAUCCAUUCAGUUGAAUGGUCUCCUAGUGAUGGAACUUUGGCCACCGGCUCUUCCCCACUUGACUCAGCUAGUCCCAGAUUGCCUGCUCCAGAACCGCCUUUCCAUGGCUCUAGUUCUGAAAUUGGAGAUGUAUCAUUCAAAAACAGCCCAGCAUCUGAAAGGAUCAAGCAUUGCCACAUCCCGAUGGAGGAGAUCACUAAGGAGCUCCAGGAAAUUGAGAACAGCCUGAGUGAUUUGGAGAAGGAGGGAAUAGACUUGGAGAGGAGGCUCCGCUACUGCGAAGAAGAGGGGAGUGGGGACGUGCUGAUGGAUCCAUUGAUGGUGGACUGGUUCAGACUGAUUCAAAAGAAGCAAAGUUACAUACGUAGAGAGUCUGAGAUCAUGUACAUAGCUAAAUCUCAGGACUUAGAGGAGCUGCAGCCAGGAGUGGAAGGAGAGCUGAGGAGACUGAUGAAUAAACCAGAGCAUCUUAAGAGUGCUACUGAGAGGAAGAGGGAGACUGAUCUGAUGAAGAGGCUGGUGGAGAUUGUGAAUGACAGGAACGCUAUUGUAGACAUCCUGGAGAAGGACAGGCUGAGGGAGGAAGAAGAGGAUCAGCAGCUGUAUGAAAUGAUGCAGAGGCUGGAUCUAAAAACACAAAAGGCCAGGCGAAAGUCGUCCUUCUCGAAGCUGUUCCGCCGCAGAAGUAAAAAAACGCAGAUGGAAGAAUGAUCUUUAAGUCAGUCCCAAGGCAGUUUGAGGGAUCCUACAUCAAGCCAGAGAGCAGCUGUACCUGUCCUCACACAGGCCACCCACCCAUGGGAUUUAGGCUUAAGAUUGGGUUUUUUUCCUCCUCUCUACAGGGCUAGUUUGGUGUUUGCUUGUUUGUACACUAAAUAGGUUCUACAGCACUUCUGUUUUCUUCUGUUAAUCAUUUUUACUGUUUUUUGCAUUGAUUGAAAUAUGAUUUGUUUUAGUCAGAUCAGGAAAAUGGUCUGCUGGUUUCAUUGUGUUACCUAGAUGACAUAAAAUGAAUUUUUAUCCAUUUUUUAAAUAAAAAAAUCAAUUGUCAA